UACUACUAUCCAUGAACUGCACCGUUAUUCAGUAUUCCGCUCUAUCUCUAUGGACGUUACGUACAGUACGGGGAUGCACGGCACUUCCGUUGUUGUGGGCGCAGCAUCCAGAGAUACAAAGAAGACGGCGACAAUGGCCGAUAUAUCACUGUAUCUCACUAACGUUAAUGUGUCCAUAGGACAGAGCAUGAAUAUGGAGCAGAGUCCAAACCCAGCUAAGGACUUUGAGAGUGUGGAGCUUGGGGAGCUGGACAAGAGAGAAGAGCAGCAGCAGCAGGAGCAACAGAGGGAGAAGGUUCCUCGCAGGAUCAUCCAUUUCUCCAGCGGGGAGACCAUGGAGGAGUACAGCACCGACGAGGAGGAGGAAGAGGACAAGGAGCCAGAGAGGAAAGACCUGCUGUCCUCCCCGGUCGAUGCGGUGAGGUCAAAGAUGACCUGGGGUCCGUACUUCUGGUUCCACAUGUGGAGAGCUGCCACAUCCACCAUCUCAGCGUGUGACUACCUUGGGGAGAGGAUGGCGUCCCUCUUCGGGAUAACAUCAGCCAAAUAUCAGUACGCCAUUGACGAGUACUACAGGAUGAAGAAAGAGCGAGAGGAAGAGAAGGAGGAAAACUGCUUGUCAGAAGUGGCGGAACGAUCCUUUGACCAGCUACGAUCUCAUGAGGACGAGCCAAUCACCAUGGCAGAACAGCCGGAUGGGGCCGCCACUCACCCCGAUGUGACCUAUCAGAUCGAGAACGAAAAUCAGGCACCUUCGAGCACCAUCAGAGUCCCUGCUAUCGUCACGGCAAACUAACCAUCCCUAGAAAUGGACAUUUCGCGCUUUACUGUCUGUUUGUUUGUUAAAAAAAAGGAACACUUGUCUUGUUUCACCAAGCACCGUUUGGUUUGUGUACGACACAGAUUUAGAUGGGCAGUGCUGCUGUAUUGUGGGUGCAGUGUAGCAGCUGAUAAAGUAAUAAACAGCUGGCAACAUCUGUGGAUCCUUUGGAUAAUUAACAAGAGGUGUGCCAUUAAAACAAACAAUACCAGUCACAAAAUGUUAGUGUUAUCUGGCAUAUUUAACAUUUUGAUUACAUUUUUAUCCAAUAUAGAGGAACAUUUUGGUGAAUUUAUACAUCACCUGACAUCUAUUGCAUUAUCAGUUGCUACAGCAGCCUCCCAGAUAUGAACGUCUGCUGUGGAGUGAAAGUCAAAUGUUGCUCCCCUGUGCCUCUAAUGGACCAGACACUGUGCCUAAAUCACCAAUACAGCCAAGUCAGUGCCAGAUCUGGACUAAGCAUGUGUUUGAAAGUAAUUUUUAAUGUUUAAAUAGCCCUUGAUAGAUGCUUGAGUAUGCUCGGUAUUGGGUAAACUGGUUGCAUCAAGAAUAUACUGAUGUAUGCUCAACAGAUGUGGUCAAACUGGUGCGUUCUCGAUACACCUGGCUGCACCAAAGAGCUGACCAUUUUAACACUCGUUCACAUGUGUGUUUGCUGUCUGUUUUAAUGCUUAUUAAGCUUGUAUUGCACUUAAUGUCUGUGUGGAAGCACUGAGCAGAUUUAGCCUUGGUUGUCAAAUCAUCUGUGGACCACGAGACUGACUUACAUUUUGUUAAAAAACUGUGAAAACGGGUUUAGUUUUCUAUGUUGCUCUUAUCAUCUGCCUUAUCUACUACAGAUAUUAUACAUAGUAGAUAUGGUAUGUAAGCCUUCGAUAAUGGCAGGGAGCGUUGUUACUCUAAGUCUGUAAAAAAAAACAUGUAAACUUACAUUUUUAACUGUUUUUAUUGCAAUUUUUGAUAUUUAUGUAUUUAUUUUACUGAACUGACUGAACACUUAAUUUAAGCAUUUUUUCUAUUGUUUUGGUAACACUGUAAUGAACUGUUAAUAAAAUCAUAGUUAUUGUCUGACUUUUAAA